UCUAGUACUUAGUUCUGAACAGAUCGCGAACUAUCAAUCUCGUCGACGAAUGUGUGUAGAAAGAAAUUUUUGUUGGCUUAGAAAAACAGAAAAUCGCAUAAAUCAAUCUUUGCAAAAUUCAGUGAUGUUUUUGUAAACUAUAAUUGAAAUUGUAUCGAAGAGUAUCGCAACCAAGAUAGUUUUUACGUUUCGAGUUCGCGUGAAGGAGUGGAGUACGGUCGAUCGCGAAAAUCGUCGUACGAAAUCUUGGGGGAGAAAAAGGCGAAGGGAGCAAUGUCUUCGCUUCAAUUUGUAGUGCAUCCGAUUCCAGGCACCGAUGAGCAAUUAAAUGAAAGAUUACGUGAAGUCGCAGAUAAAUUCAAUAAAUAUGGUUCAGCAACACCACAGGCAUUGCAGUCACUACGCGUGCCAAUCAAACAAGUCGUCAUUGGACCGGGACAUCUUGCAUUACUUCUAGAAGAUGGCAGAGCAUUUCGUGUUGCGUUCUCCGUCAUUCCUGAAAGAUUGGACCUGAGCAAACAGGAACCAUCAAAGAAGUUUUUUAUUCGCAGCGGAGGCGGCAGCGGAUCCACUAAUAAUGCAUCAGGCGGUUCAAAAAAUUCACCAGGAACAUCAUCACGCCAAUUGGCACGAUCUCGGGCUAGAGUUAUGCGUACAACAGUGCGCGGUGGCAGUGGUAGUGGAAGUUCUGGAUCUCGUAGUACAGGAGUCAUAAUUGGUGGUGGCUCGUCGGGUCGUUCAAUUGUAACAGUUCCGGCACCGUAUGUACCCGAAGAGCUUGUCUCACAAGCACAGAUGGUUCUGCAGGGCAAAAGUCGUAGUUUGAUUAUACGCGAAUUGCAGAGAACUAAUCUUGAUGUUAACUUGGCUGUUAACAAUUUGCUGUCUCGUGAUGAUGAGGAGGGCGAAGAUACGGAGGAAGGUGGCGAUAAUUAUGUUCCUGAAGAUUUGAUUUCCCUUCUGGAUAGUGGUUUUCACGGGGAAAACAGCAACAGUGUCAUAAUUGACCCAGCCGAUGGUCUCUUUCCGGAGGAGAUGUUUAGUAACUACUCAAGUAUUCGCAACUUGUUGUUUAGCCGUAUGCGCAGCGAACGUAAUCAGCAGAGUAGCAGCAGCAGCGGUGGAGGUACUAGCAGUGGAGCUGGUACAUCAGGAAGCAGCGGCAAUGAUGGUGGUCCUGUUCGGUCUGGUGGUUCAUCGUCAACAAGUGGCGUAGCAAGUGGAGGCUCUGGAUCGUCUGUUUCGGCUAGUGAUCGUGAUGCGUUUAGUAGAUGGCGUGAUCGACAGUAUUAUGGACCGCGUAGAUGGUUUACUAGCCGCGAUGAGUCUGGAUGGGAGAAAGAAACUGACACAAAAAAGAAAGAUACAUCAUCCGGUCCGCCGCUUUGGAUCUCUGACGAAUUGGAAGCAUGGCCCGAAAAAGAUACGCCAAUUCGUUUCACACAAAUUGCAUGUUUGUAUUCCGAAUUGAUUGGAGUAUCAACGAAGGGUGAGUUACAUCAGUGGCGUUGGGCCGACCCCGAACCAUACAAAGGAGAAUCACCUAACAUACAUCAUCCUAAAACGGCUGCAUUAAAUCUUUUCGAAAAAAUCACUCAUAUCUCGGCAACAUCGAUUCGAUGUUCAGUUGCGACAGAAUCGAAUCGGGUUGCCACUUGGAUGGACGAACAGCUUGGAUUUGCCGGAGCUAAACUUGAGCAUGCAGCCAUGAGUUUGACUGAUAUCUCGCCAGAACCCAUCCAGGCUCUAUAUACAUGCACACUGUACACGGUAGCUCGAACUGAAAAUAAUCUUCUAUCAUUUUGGGGCGUUUUACCAUUUGGUCAACGAAAACGACUUUGGGAGAAAUACAAAGCGAAGGCUAGAAAGCCGGUAAGGACGUCAGCAAACAACUCGGAAGUCAUAGUUGGAAGUCAAGUUAUUAUGAAAAAGUGUCCCAUGUAUCAGAUGGGAUCGAUUGGAUUUACUGUUUCCAAUGGAGUUCCAAAAGUCGGACAGUUGCUAAACUCUGCCUGGGAUUUGUCAGAUGUUUGUCGGUUUAAGCUCCUGAGCGUUUACCCACCAUCGUCCUCGUCAUCGAAUGGCGAGAAAAUCACAAACAGCUUGACAUCGGGCGAUUUGAAAGAUAUGCUAAAGUCGAGUAGCUCAUCGGGUCAAACAUCAUCUUCAAAACAGACAAACAGUAGCAACAAUAAAGAAACUGCAGAUCGAUUAGACAUGCCACCACCUCCGUCGCCAGCAUCCAGUACAUGUAGUGACACGGGGAGCGUGACGUCCCACAAGAGAGCGAAACGAAUGGCUCCGAAAGAGGAGAACGAUGGAAAAAAGGAUGAGGAGUCGUGGAUGUUGAAAGAUGUUGUAUUUGUUGAAGAUCGCUACGGACCGAUCGGAAAGGUGUUGAAAGUUGACGGGGACUUUGUAGCCGUUCGCUUCCCAUCAUCCAGUGGCUCGACGGAGGCAAAAGACGAUGAUUGGCAAGAUUGCCGAUUGCUUAAACGUGAUGAUAUUCAAGUAAUCAAAUCCGGAACAACAUCGCGGGGACCAGAUUGUUUCCAGAAGACUCCUCGGCGCAUUCUUCUAUUCCCAACAGCUAAUGUGGAAAGUUCCCAAGUACAGCUUUUGACAAUUGCCGUGGAUUCGAAAGGCAUUCAUGCCAUCAUGAAAUUCGGACCUAAAUUGCAUUACACCCUCUUCAACUUGAACAGUGGACGUCAAGAGCAGGACAGUAUGUUUCCAACUGAUAUCAACGCCUUCAUAGGCCACUCUGCAAAUAACGUCGCUUUGAACUGUGCAAGUGAUUGCACUGAGAACAGCGUCUUAUUGCUACGCGAUGGCAAUAGUACGAUAUAUCCUCUGGCCAAAGAUUGUGUUGAGGCUAUUAAGGAUCCUCAAUGGCUAGAUUUGCCACCAGUGAAAGCUGUAGCAAUGACAACUCUUUCCUUAUCGUCCGUCGGCGCAAAUUUGAAAUCUCAAGUUGCUGUUUUGGCUCUCAUGACAGAAUCGCAACAUCUGAUGCCACGAAUUUUGCGUUGUGAUCUCAAAGGUGCUGUUGCUUUACUAUCUCAACUGGAGGGCGAUUUGCGUCCUCAACUCCAGGCUGUAUUGAAUGAACGCUGCGAUGGGAAUCGAAAUAUAUUCCAUGCUUGCGUUUCAAUGUGCUCACCAACAUCCAAUAAGGACACUGAUGAAAAAGGAUCUCUUCCAAGUCGUAAUUCGAAUUCAAAUUCUGGCUCGUCCGGGUUAGAUUGUAUCAGCCCAAUGAACCCAUACGUGCAUGGUCGUGAAUCGAGACAAGUUUGCCUUCGUGAAGUGAUGAAUCGCGUUGUUCACAUCGACGGUAGUGUUUCUAAUAAUCCACCAUCCUCUACAGUGGAUGAUUCCGGGUUCAUGCCGUUGUCAUACUGGCCACCAGAAUACGAUCCAAACUCAGGCGACGAGGAUAGUCUAACAGGACAAACUACAAAUCUCUCAAAGCAUUCAGCACCAACAAACACUUACAUUUCGGACCCUGUACAGCGCCGAGAAAACGCUGCUUUGAUAUUGCAACAAAUGUGUGUAAGUUCGGUAUUGAAGCCGCAUUUGCAACAAUUGUUGAGCUCGAAGGAUGCUCAGGGACAGACACCGUUUAUGUUGGCCGUCUCUUGCCGCGCCUACGAAGCUGGAAAGAUUCUAUUCAAUACGAUAAUCACUUUGGCCAACGGUGAUCCUGUGGUUCGUGAUUCGAUGAUCUUCCCACCGGGAUCAGCACCAGAUCAAUCGCCGCUCUAUGUGAUCUGCUGUAAUGAUACUUGCUCGUUUACAUGGACUGGAGCCGAUCAUAUUAAUCAGAAUAUUUUCGAAUGCAAAACUUGUGGAUUAACUGGAUCUCUUUGCUGCUGUACGGAAUGUGCUAAAGUUUGCCACAAAGGACAUGAUUGUAAACUAAAACGAACCUCUCCCACCGCUUACUGUGAUUGCUGGGAGAAAUGCAAAUGCAAAGCACUAAUUGCCGGCAAUCAAGCAAAACGUCUCGCUCUGCUAUGUAAGCUCGCAACUGACACAGAUCUCGUGAAUAAAUUCAAUUCACGCGGCGAAUCAAUUCUGCUAUUUCUAAUUCAAACUGUUGGUCGACAAAUGGUUGAACAACGACAAUAUCGUGCUACGUCACGGGUACGAAAUGCUUCUGGAGCUUCGCGUAAAACUCCAUCCCUUGACGCUGAUUCCGACAUGCCUGAGCACGAUUUGGAACCACCACGCUUUGCCAGGAAAGCUUUGGAGCGUUUGCUAGUCGAUUGGUCGGCUAUUAAGGCAAUGAUUAUGACAGGAGCAGAACAGCAAGAAUCCUCUCGUAAUCCAAACGCUAUGCAGUUUGAAGACAGUGAAAAUCAAAGCAUUCUGCAGUCACAACAAGGAACUACCCUGCUCGAUAAAUUUACACAUAGUUUACUCGUAAAAUGCAACGUGGAACAUCUGGAGACACUUCUUACAACUCUCGUGAAUGAAUUACAGAAUGAUAUCGUUGUCGGUCGGAUGGAGGAAGCCCAGAAAGUUGCCCGACGUUUUGUGCGUUCAGUAGCGCGAGUGUUUGUUGUAUUCAGUUUGGAAUCUGUUCCAAAACCAGAUAAACAGAAAUGCAACUCAUCACAGACAAGACAUAUUCAAAGCUGCCGGCGAGUAUUUCAAGUGUUGCAUAAGUUGGCAAUUGAAGAGUUGUCGGAAAUUGCUGAUGCAUUGAUAGCACCUGUACGGUUGGGAGUUGUACGACCUACAGCUCCGUUUGCUAUGCCAUCAAGUGUGGAUAACUCUGAUGAUUUGUUUAGUGUGGAACCAUUGGCUCCUCCUACAUCGCGACAAUCGGAUGCCAGGAAUACCGUCGCCCCACCAUCGACAGAGGAUAAUUCGAAUUUGAUCAACAGGAUCAGUUAUAGUCUAUUGCAGAUGGAAAAUGAAGUAGACGAACUUGGCCUUGAAGCAUCAGAACAAGAUGACAUCAUAGAACGUGAGAGUCGACCAAGUAAUCGUGCUGGUAACAGCGCCGAUGAAGGUGGACAGGAUCCUCUCCGAAAUGAAGAUGUUGCACAAGAAGGUGAAAGUGAUACUGAGUAUAAUUUCCAUGAGGCUGAAACGGAAUCUGAUUCGGAUGAUAAUCAAAGUACCCAAGAUGCUCAACGUAGUGUACAAACUGGGGCUACCGCUGGAUCUGAUACAGGUGUUGCAUCUAUUCUUAUUUUCCCUGAAGAGGAAUCAGGCGAUUCCUCACCUCCUGACGACGAUGGUUCCGAAGAUGGCGAAACCGAUGAACAUUCAGAAGAAGGCUAUGGUCUAAACGAAUUAGAACGUCGUAGCACAUCGGGCAGUCAACGUAACAAUUCAGCACCACAAUCUAUGCAAUGGGCGAUUCGUAGUCGUGAAACAAAUCGAUCAUCUGUGCGUUUAACCAGUGGUUCCAGUUUAGUAUUCAUUGAUCCGAUGGCAUUGCGUAGGUCUGCAGUACCCAGUUCAGCAGUGGCGGCUGCGUCACAAGAACCUCAUACCAUGGCAACAACUGCCUGCAAUUUAGCACGAGCAUUCGGAAUUGUUAUUCGUCAGAUAUCAGAAUUGUUGGAUGGACUUUCAGAUAUGGUAUUGCACGCACAGCCACAACAGUUGCGUGUGUCGUAUGAUGAGCUAUUGGAUUUACAGAAAUACUUAGAAACCCGAUUGAAACCUACAUGGGAUUGGAUGCUAACUGUUAUGGAUGCAACCGAAGCUCAAUUGAAAUUCGGAGCAUCACUUACAAACACAACCGAUCCUUCUCAUCCAUUACAUCCGCUAAAUACUACUUCACAAAACCCAGGAAGUUCGACGAUUGGAAUAAGCAGUCUUGGGUCCGGAGGAGGACAACCAAGGAACCGAAGCCAAGGUGAUAGUUCCCAAAGUGCUUCGGGUUCCAAUACAACAACAACACGUAUUGUUGGAUUUUCAAGUUCAGAUAAUCAAAGAAAUUAUGAUCGCGAUGGCUCGGCAUACACCCAAGCAUCACGGCGCGAAUUUUUCACCUAUUGUUUGUCUCUGAUGAGAGCGCACACCUCAGAGCAUCGUGACUCCUUGCCAGUAUUGGAUGUGACAGCGCUUCGUCACAUAGCCUAUGUGCUUGACGGUAUGAUUUAUUACAUGAGGAACGACACUUCAGACGGCGAAAAGACAGACACUGCAAUAUGGGCUGAUGCCGAUGAAAAUGAGAAUGAAGAUAUUGAAGAUGAUACCAGCAAUCCAUUGGCCAUUGACUCAGAUUUAAUGGAAGACGACGUCCUAAAUGGCUCGUCCCUAGGCAAAAGGCAUAGCUUUUUCCAAAGAUCUGAAUCCACUCUUUGUCUAGGGUGUCCAGCUCCGGAUCCGUUCGCGGUUCCAUUGGAGGUUGCCCUACCAUUAGCUGAUAAACCACAUCUUCUGCAGCCGAAUGCCAAGCGUGAGGAGCUGUUUUCAAACUUGCAAUUACCGGUUACGAUACCAACAAACGGUGCCGAUCCACCUGGAGUGAAUUCUCCUUUAGAAGUCCCUCCUACCCGUCUGGGUUUAUCACCAAGCUAUGAACAUCUCACAGCCCACAGUCGCGCCUAUGAUGCUUCAACAAACAGCCAAUAUCAGACAGAAAUCACCGCUGAAAGUUCCAACAAUACAUCGGACGUCCCAAUGGACCAGGAACAAAUGGAGGAAACCAGAAAGUCAUUGAAUGAAGAAAAAAUGGACAUGCAAGCCACCGACAUAAAAAAAGAAGACUUAGCUGCUGCUGGGCCAUCGAAGCCCGUUGAACAAAAUUUAGGUAAUCUUUACGUGCAACUAAAAAAGAAAAAUUACUUUGAUCAAUAUGAGGACGAAUCAAAAUCUAAACCAGAAGGUCCACAAGAUUUGUCCAUAACAACGCAAAAUCUCUCACGAGUAGAUGACGCAAAACAACAACCCAUUGAAAUGGAUGUGGACUCAGACGACAGUGAUGAUGCUCUCGAGAAAAUAAUGCUUAGUCAUAAAUUAAGGGUCAAUAGCAGACGCAGUCCCUCUAAACCAUCAACAAUGAAUCAAGAUGCAUCCACAUCGGCAACCGAUAAGACUGUACGACCCCAGAUUAUAGUGACACCGCGCAAGGUGGCAGCUGCAAUAGAAUCGGUAACGGCCGCCGUUCUAGCAAAGAAUAAUAAAAAUUCUCUAUCUGAAUGUGUCACGACUGAAAUGCCAAUUUCUCUGUUACCACAGUCAUUCUCAGUAUUCGAUGGUUCUAACAAUAGUCAGAGUGGUGGUGGCGGUGGAAGUGAUGUAAAUGUCACAACGGCGCCCAUGUCCGCUGGUGGUACGUCGUCUUCCUCCUCGACUGUUAAUGAAAAUUCAAAUUCGAUGGGGAACAAUGCAAAUAUGACGACGGAUGGAAAUAGUUCUGGCUCACCAUCAAAAAGUGUUAUUGUACGUGCGGGCCCGUCGCCAUGCUCCAUAACCGUUGAAGCUUUACAACCUCCCGAAAUGAUGGAAACACAAGAAAUAUCAGCUCACGUCACCGUUGAAACAACACCUUCUGCUCCGCCUCCAAUACUCCCAUCGCGUGGCAAUCUAUUCCGCCCGAAUACGACCGUGACUCAAUCUCCAUCGUGGGAUCUGCUUCUUGGCCGCUGGCGAUUAUCACUCGAUCUAUUCGGUCGGGUAUUCAUGGAAGAUGUCGGUCUCGAACCAGGCUCCAUUAUAUCCGAGCUGCGGGGAUUUCCCGUGAAAGAAUCACGGUUCCGUCGACACAUGGAGAAACUACGCAACGGACAGCAACGGGAUUUGAACCUUUCGAAAAUAGAACGAAAUCGCACAAGCCUUUUGAUUCAAACAUUCAAGGAGCUGAACACACAAUUUGGCAAUCAAAACAGACGAGUGCAGCCGCCGCUGACGUUUAAUCGUGUAAAAGUCACAUUUAAAGAUGAACCUGGGGAAGGUUCAGGAGUGGCGCGAAGUUUCUACACGUCAGUAGCUGAGGCUCUUCUGGCCAAUGAGAAAUUACCGAAUUUAGAGGCAGCCCAAGUGGGUUCUAGUAAAUACGGUGGGUCGUUUUCUAGCAUAUUAAGGAAUCGUGGAUCAGCCAGUGGACAGGAAUCCGGUUCGCUGUCGUCACGAAGAGGGACUGGUAGCAAAAUUGUGUGGCGAUCGCAUAGCAGGAAACCUCUGAAUUACGACGCAAGACCAUUCAUGCCAAACACAUCUCCCGACGGCGGACCAAUUAAUCCAACUCUCAACGAUCAUCUGUCGAUACAUUUGCAGCAAUUAGGAGAACGUUUGUAUACAAAGGUGCAUGCACUGAACUCACUACAUGCAUCCAAAAUAACCGGCAUGCUCCUCGAAUUGUCGCCAGCACAACUAUUAAUAAUAUUAGCGUCAGAGGACACAUUACGUCGUAAAGUUUAUGAAGCCAUAGAUGUAAUUGUCUAUAAACAGAAAUUAGAAAUAGGUAAAUUGAGUAAUUUGGACCCUUGGAAUUCGAAUAACUACGUAAAUUUGUCUCGUUUUAUUUUUGCUGUAGAAAAUUCCGGUUCAGGCUCAAAUGGUUCGAAAAAAAUGAAUCCAGUUGUCUUGCUCGAACAUUGUCAAUUGGAAGAUAAUGCACCACUUUUCUAUUCACCGGGAAAACAAGGAUUCUACAGUCCACGGCAAGGUUAUGGCUCAUUUGAACGUAUUAAUGCAUUUAGAAAUAUUGGAAGGUUAAUCGGCCUUUGCUUGUUACAAAAUGAACUAUUCCCGCUUUUCUUACAACGGCACGUACUGAAAUAUAUUUUGGGACGACAAAUUCGCUUCCACGAUUUAGCAUUCUUUGAUCCGACUGUUUACGAGUCAUUGAGAAAAUUAGCACAUGAUUCACAGUCAGAGAAGGGAGCUGAUAUGUUAUCGAAGUUAGAACUGUCGUUCGUUAUUGAUCUUUGUCGAGAAGAAGGUGGUGGUACAGUUGAAUUGGUACCCGGUGGUCGUGAUAUACAAGUUAAUGAAAAUAAUAUUUAUGAUUACGUUCGUAAAUAUGCCGAAUAUCGUAUGAUUAAGACUCAGGAAAAGGCUUUAGAGGCGCUAAGAGAGGGCGUGUUUGAUGUUCUACCCGAUGGUGCAUUGGAUUCAUUAACAGCUGAAGAUCUGAGAUUACUAUUAAAUGGUGUGGGUGAUAUAAAUGUAGCUACGCUCAUUUCAUAUACAACGUUCAAUGACGAGUCGAAUGAACAAUCUGAUAAAUUGGUGAAAUUCAAACGAUGGCUAUGGAGUAUUGUAGAGAAAAUGAGCAAUGUUGAACGGCAAGAUUUGGUCUAUUUCUGGACAGGAUCACCGGCUCUACCAGCAUCGGAGGAGGGUUUCCAACCAAUGCCAUCAGUUACAAUGCGACCGGCUGACGAUACACAUUUGCCAACAGCGAACACAUGCAUCUCACGUCUCUACAUCCCACUAUAUUCCAGCAAAGCAGUCCUAAGACAUAAGUUAUUAUUGGCUAUUAAAUCAAAGAAUUUCGGUUUUGUUUAGACCAUGGAUAAUUAUGAUAUUUGCGACAGUUUAUGUUCCAUUUUGUUUUUAAAAGAUCUAAUAAUUGUUUGAAAACAAUGCAAAAAAUACUGCUAUCUAAUUUACGUCAUUUUUUUUUUUUUAACAAAUAAAAGAUAUCGGCAAAAUAAUAUCAUUGUAAUCUGAAAGAGGAACAAAAAGAAACGUUUGCAAGACAGAUCUUUACAUGGAAAAAAUGGGGGGAAAAACAGGAAACUACUAAGGAGAAAGAAAAACACGAAGCAAAAGCUUUUUCUCUUUUCCGGGAAAUGUCGGUUUUUUAUCGGAUUUUUUUUUUGUUAAGGUUUUUUUUUUCAAUAAUUGCAAAGACAAACUUUUCUUCUGAGGUUUGAUUUUUAUUUCUAAUCAUCACUUUACAUACACAACAACGAUUAUUUUAUAUAAAUGGCGUUUGUGUUAUCUGAAUUCCAUUGCAAAACCUUCAUCUGUUGUUGUAAUAAUAAAGAAAUUCACUGGAAAACUAGCUAAUUUGUAAGUGUUCCAAGGAUGCAGAACGACGACCAUCCAUCCGGUUUGGAAUUGCCUAUUUUCUCCUUUUCCCUCACCAUUUGUUCUAUAACACGCCUCGGUCUUCCGGUCGUGAUCUAUCCGAUAUAAUAAGGACGUGUAUUGUUUUCGUUACGCCUUUCUUUCACUUCCGUUCAUAUCGAUAGGAACCGUGUAACGCAUCUACACCAGAGGACAGCCGCGGUUCGAAGAUGGGAAAGAUGGUUUCGAAUCUUUAUAGAAAAUUGAAUUUAUUUAUUUUUUUGUUUGUUAUAGAUUUAGUAUUAUAAAGUUUUUUCUAUGUUUAAUCGUACGUGAGAUAGUAAAAAAAAGGAGGAAAGGAGACAGUAGAUAUACUUCAGGGAAUUUGAAUUGUUUCUGCGCUACUUUCACUACUCUCCAAGUUUAAAGUAUAUAAACUGUUUUCACUGUGAUUCCUUUCUCAAAGAAGCCGCGCUUAUAUGUUAAAAGGUAGAUGCAAUUCACUUCGCCUAAGUGUGUAUAUACAUAGAAAGUAGAGCCUACUGUCCGUGCAGUCGCUCCGCCCACGAUCCCCUUGAUUACAGAUAGAAUAUCCUGUGCUUGUGAUUAUCAUUUUCAUUUGAAAUAAUCUCCAUUGAAACGAACUGAUUUGAUAUCCACGCAAAAUGACAAAAAUCAGAUAAAGAAUUUGAAAGGAAAUUUAAGAAUAAGAAAAUACAUUCGAAGACAAAGUAUAGAUGGAAAAUGCUAACAAAGUAUAUCCUUAAAGAUAAUCUUUAUACACAUAUAUAUAUAUAUAUUUUUUAAAAGUAGACGUUGUGAAUUAUUAUUGAUCGUACUCUUUGAGUUCUAGAGGUAGAGCCCCAUUGCUUUUAUAAUUAACAUUUAAGCAUAUAAUGAUUUACUUCUCUCUUCCUGCGAUAUCCAGCGCAGUGGAUUACACUUCUUAACUCUUCUUUUCUCUGUAAUUCAUCCAAAAAUGUUCGUUCUCUUGCCAUUCUGUUUCGAGACCCCGAGAUUUACGAGAAAGAAAAAAAAAAUAAAAAUAUUUUUUAAAUUGCUUAAGAAUUAGGACUAUAAUGUAGAGUAGAAUUUUCUUCUUCUACACUCUAGAGGUAUGUUUAGCUCGAAACUGAGAUUGGUGGUAUGCCCGGAAUAGACAGUAACAGAAGAAAGAGAACAAAAAUCAGGAAGACAUUUCUUUGCCGACUACAUUAUUUCGUAGAUUCUUAAAAGAAAAAAAGGAAAAUCGAGAAUAUGCAAACAUACAUACUUUAACUAUACAUUACCUAUGAAAAUAUAUAUAAUUGAAUAAAAUUUUAUUGGAGUUAAAGAAUUUAAGAAAGAAAAUGGAAACUGCUGAAUGAUUUUUUUGUAAUCAUUAAGAAGAUAAUAAAUUUAUGGUUUUUAAAAUGUAAA